AUGGACGGCACCUACCGAGACCUCGCCCGGCGUGUUGUCGCCCUCCACAGACAAAAGCAUGACACAGCCCACUCUGCCCCAGCUAGGGUACUCAUCGCAUUAUCCGGACCCCCGGGAUCCGGCAAGACCACAAUCGCGACCGAAGUCAUCAGAGCGCUGAACGAGUUGUCCGAGCCCCCAAUCAAGGCCGUCGCCGUCUCGAUCGACGGGUUCCACCUACCCCUGGCUACUCUCCGGGCCCUUCCCAACGCCACGGAAUGCCUGGCCCGACGCGGAGCGCCGUGGACCUUCGACGGUGAGGCUGCGGCGCGUCUGGUCCGGACCCUACGAUCGAGUUACGGGGUCGCAUCUGCGGCCGUGCCAACCUUUGACCACGCCGUCAAGAACCCGGUUGCCGAUGGACUUAUCAUUGGUCUGGAUGUCGACGUCUGCAUACUCGAGGGAAACUACCUCCUGUGCGACGAGGAACCAUGGGCGGACAUUGCGGGCAACGUAGACGAGCGCUGGCUCGUCCGGGUGGACGAAGAGAUAGCUAGGCAACGGGUGGCCGCUAGACAUCUGAGGGCAACGAUCGAGCCCACGAUGGAGGCGGCACUUGCACGCGCAGACUACAAUGAUAUCCCGAAUGGGCGAUACGUGAUGCAGCAUAGCCUAGGGAGGCAAGAUGUGCUGGUCGAGAGUGUGGAGGAGGGUUAG